AUGUCAUACGAAAAACGAGGAACGCCUCUUGAACUCUCAACAGAGAACCUACAAGCCCUGAACCGUCUCAACCAACCCACCAUGUCAAACAUCCUCAUCCUAGGCGCCGGAGAACUCGGUCUCAGCGUUCUCGAAGCUUUAUCCAAGCGGAAGAACCAGUCCCAGCACGUCUCGGUGCUAGUCCGCCAGGCCACCCUCGACUCCGCCGCCCCGGAAAAGAAGAAGCUCAUCCAGCGCAUCCGGGCCCUGCACGCCGGGACCGAAGCAGCCGACGUAGUCUCGGCUAGCAUUUCCUCCCUAGCGGCUAUUUUUUCCAAGUACGAUGUCGUGGUUUCGUGCAAUGGCAUGGGAUUACCCGCGGGAACACAAGUCAAACUCCUAGACGCUGUUUUUGAAGCAGGCGUCAAUCGAUAUUUUCCUUGGCAGUUUGGGAUGGAUUAUGAUGUUAUUGGGGAGGGUAGUUCGCAGGAUUUAUUCGAUGAGCAGUUGCAGGUUCGCAAGAAAUUGCGUGCGCAACGUGCUGUGGACUGGACUAUUGUUUCUACGGGGUUGUUUAUGAGUUUUCUAUUCCUCCCUGAUUUUGGUGUUGUCGAUCUCCCAAACAGGACCGUUCGUGCAUUGGGAAGUUGGGACAACGAAAUCACUGUUACUACACCCGAAGACAUCGGCCGUGUAACAGCCGACAUCAUCCUUGAGCCACAGGGUAUCAGUUCACAAGUUGUGUACACAGCCGGCGACACCAUAUCCUACGCUCGACUUGCAGAUUUGCUAGAAUCUCAUUUUGGCGUCGCAUUUAAGCGCGAGCUGUGGGAUUUAGAGACUUUGAAGAAGCAGAUGGAGGAGCAGGGUGGUACGAUGGUCAAGUAUAGAGAUACGUUUGCGCAGGGACGGGGUGUGGCGUGGGAUAAGAGUGGGACUGUUAAUGUGCAGCGGGGGAUUGAAGUUACGGAUGUGAAGAGGUAUAUCGGGAUGAUGGACUUUCAGGUUGGGUCAGAUGAGUGA